AUGGAUAUAGGCUAUUGCAAUGUUAAGCUGUUUAAGACUGUAUGAGGCGGACAUACACAACUCUAUAAAGACCUAGUCUAAAUCAGAGCCGGAGCGCACAGCUGAGCUCCACCCCUCGAUGACUGAACGGGACAGCCGACAAAGUUGGACCUUAUAACUUAAAUCCCCACGGUGUCAAUGUCAGUGUGAGAGAGCAAGCGCCUUAGCACCACAAUGAGGAUUACUUUCCCUUGUCUCGAUUGAGAGGACUACGUCAGAAAAAGAAAUCUGGAAGAUUUAAGAGGCAGCGGCUAAUUCAUUAUAAAUGACGCGUCCAUACUUUGAGAUAAAAAUUAGAUUUAGCUGACAGUGUGGGAUUUACCAGACGCAUGAAGCAUGUACUCAUAUCACUGGAACGCAAAUCAAGGUCGCAAUCCUGAUUUCAGGAGAUUUACGGUUGUUGAGGGCUAUUCAGGCAGAGAGACCCCGCUCUCCUUGGGUCUCAACCCCAGGAAGAGGCUCCACUCAGCGGAGGAAGUGAAAUGCGGCAGCCGGCCAAACCCGGAGGGCGCGGGUUCAGUGUCCGUAACAGAGAUAAGUCAGUCGGAGAGAAAAGACGACGGAGACACCCUUUGCCAGCGAUGUCACAUAAUCGCGUCCGAACUGAACAGACAGGCGUUCACUCUGGCGGACCCUGGAUCACUGAAGGACCCGAGCUUCGCCGCCUUCCUGCUUGACAAGCUCCAGGCACUGGAGUGGCCGCCCCGGGGGAGACAUGCUGGGAGUUCCUGUGAGGUGUGUGGCACCCCCCUGCACCAUCUGAGACGCCUAGCCCUGCAGAAGGCCCUCGAGCUGGCCAGAGAUAUGCCCGACCCACAGCCAGGACCCUUCUCAGGGUUUCCACCCCGGUCGGCUGCACAGAGCGUCGUUACGUUACCCUCAACACAACAGGCAUCGCGGGAUUGGUCCAUCCAGAGCGCCCACGCCAGGUCAUCCGCCAAGCUGUACGGAGUGCCAUUGGCGGGGGACAAGCAGAGGGAUGAGGGGUGGGUGCCCAGUGGGGUGUCUGGAGGUACUCAGCCCCUCUGCAUGGCCAAAGUCACGCCUCUACCAGUCCACGCCCAGCACUACCUGGAGGGGGUUUGGAGCGUCCACAGGGUCAGUCGCUCAUCACAUCACCACUUUGCUCAGGUUACUGCUGACGCUGACAGAGAGAGUGUGUAUUCCGACAGUCUCAGCUCUGGCUUGAUCGCCCCCUCGCCCUCCAUCUCCUCCCCAACCAGCCAGUCCUCAGCCUCCUCGUCCUCCACAGCCUCCGGGGGCGCGGCAGCCUCUUUCUUCCUCAGGGCCGCUCAGAAGCUGAACCUCUCCAAGCGGAAGAAGCCCCAGCCGCCGCCCCCCUCUCCGCCCGACCCCGACGAGCACGCCUUCUACACCGAAGGCUUCAGCGCCACCCUGCAGCUCUCGCCGCCCCCGGUGCCGCCAUGCCUCCUCAGGGCAGGGUCGAAGGUCAAGGACACCCCUGGGGUGGGAAAGGUCAAGGUGAUGGUACGGAUGUGCCCCAUGCCAGGUUCCCGUGACACGUCGGAGUCCAUGUCCUUCCUGAAGGUGGACAGCCACAAGAAGCAGCUGACUCUGCUGGAGCCGUCCCCCAACUCCCCCUCAACAUCCUCCGCCACGGCGCAGAGACGCUCGGCCGCCGCCCCAAAGAUGUUCGCCUUCGAUGCCAUUUUCACCCAGGAUGCCUCCCAAGCGGAGGUCUGCUCAGGGACUGUUGCGGAGGUCAUCCAGUCAGUGGUCAACGGAGCCGACGGCUGCAUCUUCUGUUUCGGCCACGCCAACCUCGGCAAGACAUUCACCAUGAUUGGCCAGGACAGCUCGACCCAGAGUCUGGGUGUGGCGCCUUGUGCGAUCUCCUGGCUCUUCAAGCUGAUCGAGGAGCGUCGGGAGAAGGCUGGCGCCCGCUUCUCCGUCCGCGUGUCCGCCGUGGAGAUAUGCGGCCGAGACGAGGCCCUCACAGACCUGCUGUCCGACCUCUCAUCCGGCACCGCACAGGACAGCCAAUCCCCGGGGGUCUACCUGCGAGAGGACCCCGUUAGCGGAUCACAGCUCCAGAAUCAGAGUGAAUUGAGAGCAUCCACAGCGGAGAGGGCGGCCUUCUAUCUGGACGCGGCCCUCGCCGCUCGGAGCACCAGUCGGCCGGACUGUGAGGAAGAGGAGCGCAGGAAUUCCCACAUGCUCUUCACCUUGCACGUCUACCAGUACCGCAUGGAGAAGAGUGCCAAAGGAGGAAUGUCGGGUGGUCGGAGCCGCCUUCACCUCCUGGACCUAGGCAGCUGUGAAUCUGACCUCAGCCAGACCCGCGAUGGAGGAAAGGGCCAGUGUUUGUCCCUGGGCGCCCUCGGCAAUGUCAUCCUCGCCCUGGCAAAUGGAGCCAAGCACGUACCAUACAGGGACAGCAAGCUCACCAUGCUGCUGAGGGAGUCUCUGGGCAACAUCAACUGCAGAACCACCAUGAUUGCCCACAUCUCUGACUCGCCAGCCAAGUAUGCCGAGACGCUCACCACUGUUCAGCUCGCCUCGCGCAUACACCGCAUGAGGAAGAAGAAAUCCAAGUAUGCAUCUAGCUCUUCUGGAGGGGAGAGUUCUUGUGAAGAAGGGAGGAUACGUCGGCCGGCGCAUAUUAGGCCAUUCCACCCCAGGACUGUGGCCCUUGAUCCAGAUAUGCCCGCGAUGCUCUCCAGUGACCCAGACUACUCAUCCAGCAGCGAGCACUCCUGUGACACGGUCAUCUAUGUGGGGCCUGGUGGAGCCCAAAUCUCCGACCGCGAACUCAGUGACAAUGAGGGCCCGCCUGCCUUCGUACCGAUCAUUCCCUCCUUAAAUAGGAGGCGUACAAAGGAUGGUUCCAUGAUAGAUGGGGAUCAUUUAAAGUGCAACACAUUUGCGGAGCUGCAGGAACGUCUGGAUUUCAUUGAUGGCAGUGAAGGGCCACCUACUUUCACAGGAGAGGGUAAGGGACCACAGGUAAUCCCUAAGGUGAAUAGUGGGGUUAGCAAAGCACCUGAGGAGACACCCCUUUCUCCUAGAACUGCUAAGAACUCUUCCCACAACACAGGGUCUACGCACCCAGCUCCCCUCAACCCUGAAAAGGAACAUUCCAGAACCUGCUCAGACAGGGCCACUUCUGAACCUGGCAAGUGUGUAACAAAAGACUCAGAACCAGUUGUCAGAGAGAAGGUCUACCUCAACAAAGGACCUUUGCCAAAACCCAGCACCUCCCCAUCCCAAACCAGGUCCUCCAGGACCACGGGUGGUGGCUGUAGUGGCCCUGCUGCACGGACACCUCCUGUGGGGAUGAGUCAGCAGGCCCUGAGACAGGGUGAGCAUGGGGAAUCUCCUGUUCUGGAAAGAGCUCACCACAUGAGCCGAAGCCCCCUGGAGGUGAAUCAUCUUAGAGCAGCCCUCAGGGGCAGGUGUUUAGAGAGAGAUGUUCUAAGAACCACACUCACCCUUCAGCAACCUGUGGAGCUGAAUGGGGAGGAUGAACUGGUGUUCACCGUGGUGGAAGACCUGCCCCCUGGUCUGAUCCCAGAUAAUGGCCGACCAUCCAGUAUAAUCAGCUUUAACAGUGAUUGCUCCCUACAGGCCUUGGCAUCAGGAUCACGGCCUGUUAGUAUAAUUAGCAGCAUUAAUGAUGAGUUUGAUGCCUACACCUCCCAAAUGGAGGCCUCACCGGCAACCCUAGAGGCUGUCAGGCAAUCACAGGAAGGCUUGUACACCUGCCAUGGUGGUGGACAAUCCCCUAUUGGGUCUUGGCCUAGUGAGAUGAGUGUGAGUGCACUUGACAGUGAGGCAGUCCACAUACCAAAAGGUAGGAACGUGAGGGCAGAUAGCACAUCCUCUAUCUCAGAUUCACCUGGUGCGUCACGCAUGGAGCCCUUUUCUCAGAAAGGGGCCAAGAGUUCCUUGGGAGACAGCGGUAUUUUCUUUUCAGAAGUUGACAGUGAGACUGCAAGCCCCUGCAAAAUGUCCCUGAACAAGUGCCCAGCCUCUCUUGAUACUACCAAAGCAUUCCUCAAAGGCCCUAAAUCAACCAGAGCUAACACUCUGAACACCUCACAGUCCCCACAGAUCCACCAUGGCUCUCACUCCUCACUACCCAGGAAAACCAAACCUACCUCAUCUGUUGCUCCAGGUCCCAGCUGCAGCCGGGAACUGCAGAGGCAGGACAGCAGAUUGGAAGAAGCAUGGCUUUGCAGUGUCAGUGGCCCAUCAGAUCCUAAACCCACAGACUCAGCAUCUGCUGUUAGGUCACCAAGAAAUGUCUUGAGUAGCAUUCCAACCAGAAAGCCCAAUGGAAACAGCAGCAGUGUUCCCCGACCACCCAAGGCACAAGUUUCCUCCUCUGCGCAGAGGGUGGUGGAUGGCUGUGAGAGAUCUAGCAGUAGGAAAACUGAGACCCUCAGUAGGAUGCCACAGCUUAGACGAGGAGCCACCACUCUUGGGACUGUCUCUGUGCCCCAUGCUUCGUCCGACUCUAAAUGGGGUCAUGAAGGGCUGCAAGGGACUGGCAGCCUGAGAUUCUCCUCUUUAGGUAAAAGAGGAAAUGGACAAAAGGCUAGCGGCAUGCCGAAGUCAGAAAGCAUCUCCCCUCCUGCCCCACCCCUCCGGAAAUCUAGCCUAGACCAGAGGACGAGGAUUAUUUUGUCUCCAAGUGCCUUGAGGUCAGGUAGCGAUGCGGCCAAAUCCUCACUUCCCAAAACCUCAGCCUCAGAGGAGGACUUUGAUGUUAGGUUUAAAGGGGAUUCUGCUAGCUACAAAACAUCCAGUUUGAGGACGGCAUCCAGUCUUAAGACACGAGGGGGCAAAGGUGAUACUGGGAGGUACUUUGGUAGCCUGGUGUCCUUGGAGCGAUGUGACAGUCUUACUUCAGUGGCAUCCAGGCCCGUACUGUCGAGAGAGAACAGUGGUGCUAGCUUAGGAAGCACUGGCAAAUCAAGUAGGAUGAUUCCACGUCUUGGGAUACCCACUUCAUCUUCAACACCUACUGCAAUAUCUCCACCAUCCUCCGCCACCAGUGGAAGCAGACUCGGACAUAUCAAAGCCAGUGCCAGCUCUCGAGCUAUUGGUCCCAGUGGGACCAAAGCAAAAGUGCUGUCUGCUAAUAGCUCAAAGGCACUUAGUUCCUCCACCAAAUCCCUUACAACUUCAGCUGCUGCGCGUAAUGUCAGCCUGCCUCCAUCAGGGAAGACCCCAACACGUCCAGUGACGGGUGCUAAUGGCAAGCCUGGCCGAGGCACCAUCAUGGGCACGAAGCAAGCUCUUCGUGCCGCAAACAGUCGAGUUAGCGAGCUAGCCUCUGGAAGUCCCAAGAAACACUUAAAGGGCUCUGGGGACUCCGGGGCAGAUGGCAACGAUGGUGCUACAAACCCCAGUGAGACACCCACCACCCCUGCCUCUCUGCCUUCACCCUACAGCAAGAUCACAGCCCCACGGCGACCCCAGCGCUACAGCAGUGGGCAUGGAAGUGACAACAGUAGCGUUCUUAGCGGAGAGCUUCCACCUGCCAUGGGCCGAACUGCCCUGUUCUACCACAGCGGAGGCAGCAGCGGGUACGAGAGCAUGAUCAGGGACAGCGAGACUACAGGCAGCGCCUCCUCUGCUCAUGACUCGAUGAGCGAGAGCGGCGUCUCGACAUCCAGUCGAGCGAGAGCUUCUAAGUCACCUAAGAAAAGAUCAAAUGGCCUCCAGAGGCGAAGGCUGAUCCCUGCACCUCUGCCGGACACAUCCUCUCUGAGUCGCAAACCUGGGGCUGCGGGCCAGUGGGUGGAUCUGCCCCCCUUGGGCGGCACUCUCAAGGAGCCCUUUGAGAUUAAAGUGUACGAGAUCGAUGAUGUGGAGAGGCUUCAGAAGCGCAAAGAGGGCAUGGGUGCUGAGCCAUUUCAGGAUGUGGAAAAGGGACUGCAGUACUUCAACGCGCGGCUCAGAAUGCUGGAGAAGCGUCAGCAGCAGAUCCGGGAGCUCAGGGCCAAGCAUGAGAGACUGAAGAGGGAGCUGGAGGACGCCAAGACUCGGCUAAUGCUUGACCCCAGCAAGUGGAUGGGAGAGUUUGACGUGGAUCCAGAUCUAGACAUGGACUCACAGGAUUACCUGGAGGCUCUGGUCCAGGCUACGGGUGAACUGGAGUUCUGCGUCAACCUCUGCAAGUCACGCGUCAUGAUGGAGACGUGCUUCGACAUCGUGGUGGCCACCACAGGUGCACAAGGUGGACAUCAGGAAGUGGAAGUUUGAGUAGGCGGAAGUGGAAAAAAAAGAAAAGAAAAGAGAAGAGGAGAUACAGAGAAGGGUGGAUGAAGAGAGAUGCUUUAAAGCAAACUGGUAAAGGAUUUUAGAAGAUAAAGAGCGGACGCAGAAUGAAUUGGUCAAAGCCUGAAAGAGCAGGUUGCUUAGACUGACUGGAGCCUGGGGCUAAGAAAUGGACUGAGAAAAAUGAAUCACGACCGACCUAGGUUCAGUUUCCUUGAAUCACCUGUGUGGACAGACGUUAAGGUGAGUCAUCAUCGUCACCAUCAUCGUCAUCGUGUUUUUCACCAGGAAGUGCCUUGAUCAUUAAUGAUCCUGAGGGAUUACCUUUCUUUCUGAUUUGGUGCUAGUUUUGAAACCAGCUUACCUGAGCAAACCCUUAUGUAUUCCAUUUUUUGAGAAAGUCACAUAAAAAGUAUUUUAUAUUGUAUUGUAAUCUACGGUGUAUUUAUACAUGAUUUUAGUUAAGAAAAACAACAUAAAUCAAGGGGCAGUAAUAUAUGUAUGUAUAUGUGUAUGUAUAUAUAAAUAUGUAUGUUAUUGCAUACCCCUCAGAUCUUUGCCUUUUGUUAUGUUCAAUCACUCUCCCUAACCCUCGCUUUGAUGUUGCGCUCAGAAAAGUUUCCCCUCCGUUCAGUAUGCACGUCUCGCCCCGUGAUUUCUUCGCUGGUCGUUAGCCGUGCUCCCAGCCCGCUCCACUGGUCCUGAUAGCGGUUCUGAGUGAGUGUGCUGUACAUUGGAUGGAAUACCGGAGCUCUGCUGAGAGCGGGUCCUCUGUCUCUCUUAGUUACACUCAUCCUUCAUAGGCUGCCGUCUCUCACUCUGGCCAUGUUUGAGUGUGUGUGUAUGUGUAUGUGUAUGUGUAUGCGUGUGUGUGUAUGUGUGGACCCUGCAGACCCUCCCAGCCGUGAGAUCCUUUGAGUGGCCCAGCCGGAUGCAUCUCAUAAAUCAUAGGCUUUAGACUCAGCACAGGCCACCUGACACACAAGGGUGGCAUGGAGCUCCCAGUGCAAUGGUGAUACUGCAGGGUCUACCUGCCCGUGUGUUUGUGUUUAGGCUGCUGGGAUAUUGAUCCUCCACCCAGCGAGACUGGACAAAACAAUAGUGCAUCAUAUUCAGCAGAGCAACAAUCAGAGUUUAGAGAACAAAAGUCCUCAACUCUGUAGGAAAAUCACAAUUAUCUGAUUAAUUGGCUCCAAAUAUCUCUGUUAGAGAUUCUUCUCUCUGAGAAAGCAGUGGGAUAUAAACAUCCCCUGUCAAGUGAGUGAGUUUCAAACAGUGUCUUGAAUCAAACCAACAAUCACAGCAGGCACUGAGCUCAAGACUCCUAUCCCCAUCGCCCUUCGCACUGUAAGCCUAUCAGCAGUCGAAGAAACUCACAAAGAGUUCAUGACGAGAUUCUGUUUCCUAUGAGCCAGCUUUCUGCAAUUAAUUGUGCUUCUCACCAAUGUCCUUGUUUUUUUUUAGACAGAUAAGGUCACCUUAAGCUCAGUUAAGGGUUUUAAAGAGGUCUACCAACAUGGGAACACACUGAAACAUCUGAGGGAAAACUGAUGAAUAAGUAAUUGUGAUUAUAACCUUGGAUGUCAGCAUGUUUAAGUAAUUACCGCAAUGUAACGCAUUGACUUCAAAGCUGUAUAAGGUUCAUGGUAGCAAAGCUCUUAUUUGGUGCUAUUCAUAUUAUUGGAUGACACCAAACAUGGCAAGUCAUUCAUGACUAAUCAUUUGUGAUUCAUGUACACAUCACUAACCAUGCAUCUCUCCAAUAGCAUAGUUUGUUUUAUGUGAACGGGUCAAGUACCACAGUUAUGGUCCAACGAUGCAAAUUGUCCAAACAGCUUAACUGGUUGUUUUAGUUAAUUUGAUCAUUUCUGCAGACAUGAGUGUAGUAUGCCAUUGUAGUGUAAUGACACAGUCUAAGGGGUCAAGUGAAUUGAGAUGUUAUCUAUUGAGAAGUCUGCUACUCUUUGGGGGAUUCUGAGUGUGAACAACCUGUUAUUGAAGUUAAGUACAUCACUGUAUGAACUGAAAACGAUGCUGUUUCUGUGCAGACUGUGCUCCUUUAUCUCUCUCUGUUUAAAUGCAUUCUGCCCACACCUGUUAAUGAGUCUGUUUUUGGUAUUGCUGUCCGAUUGUCUAUUUGAUGAAAACAGAAAAAAUGAGUAUGUGUGUUUAAUUGCUCCCGUUUCAAAGUCAUAACCUUUAAAAACUAUGUAUUUUUUUAACAGAAUGAAUCCUCUUUUCAACAAAGACAAAUCUCUCAGGCUCAUUUUGUAGUUGCUGCAUGAAAUAUUUAUUAAUCUUUUUGUAAUAUUUAUUUUAUUUUUAUUUUACUGUGUUUUUCCAAAUCUUAGUCUGUUUUUUUUUCUCUUAUCAAUAAGUUAUAUAAAAUACUCUUUUGCCAAACAUAUUGAGAGAGAGACUUUUAACAUGUAACAUGUUUUUUUGGCUUUGUAUUGUACAGUUUUAUAAUCCUUUCUAACAAAAUGUACAGUAUUCAGUUUGCAUCUAUUCAUAAUUGUGAAUAAAGGUUACCUUUUCCUCUUUGUAA